AUGGAAGCACAGAAUAUCACACAAGUGUUCCAGUUUGUCCUUUUAGGAUUUUCACAGACCCAGGAGCUCCAGAAAUUCCUGUUCCUGGUGUUCUUAUUUGUCUAUGUCACCACCAUUGUGGGAAACAUCCUUAUCAUGGUUACAGUGACUUCUGACUCUCGGCUCCACACGCCCAUGUAUUUUCUGCUCCGAAAUCUGGCUGUCAUAGAUCUCGGCUAUUCCACAGUCACUUCUCCAAAAAUGCUGGUGGACUUCUUUCAUGAGGUCAGGACCAUCUCCUACCAGGGCUGCAUGGCCCAGAUCUUCUUCUUUCACCUCUUGGGUGGUGGGACUGUCUUCUUCCUUUCAGUAAUGGCCUAUGACCGCUACAUAGCCAUCUCCCGGCCCCUCCACUAUGUCACCAUCAUGAACCCUCGAUUGUGUGUGGGGCUAGUGGUGGCUGCUUGGGUAGGGGGAUUUGUUCACUCCAUUGUCCAGCUUGCUCUGAUGCUCCCGUUACCUUUUUGUGGCCCCAACAUCCUGGAUAACUUCUACUGUGAUGUCCCACAACUGCUGAGACUCGCCUGUACUGAUACCUCCCUUCUGGAGUUCCUCAUGAUCUCCAACAGUGGGAUGUUGGUUCUCAUCUGGUUCCUUCUCCUUCUGAUAUCUUACACGGUCAUCCUGGUGAUGCUGAGGUCCCACUCAGGGCAAGCCAAGAAGAAGGCAGCUUCCACAUGUACCACUCACAUCAUUGUGGUGUCUAUGAUCUUCAUUCCCUGUAUCUAUAUCUACUCCCGGCCCUUCACUCCUUUCCCCAUGGACAAGGCUGUGUCCAUCAGCUACACAGUUAUGACCCCCAUGCUCAACCCCAUGAUCUAUACCCUAAGGAAUCAGGAGAUGCAGGCAGCCAUGAAGAGAUUAGGCAAGCGCCUCAUGGUAUGUAACAGAAAGUGGACUUAA